AUGGCUGGCAGUCUCGUUACUUUUGCUAGGUCGGUUGGUUUCGCCCUUGCGAUUGGAACUACUGAUGCGAUAUAUCAGGACCCACGUACAAGGAACCAACAAUUUACGGGACAGGCUACCAAAGAUGAGACAAAUGGUGCGGAUGACUUGGUUAGAGUUACACGAGACGCCGAGACCCCGAAGGCACCUGCUGUCGCAGAUAUACGGGAUUCUCAAACCCACCAGGAGAAAACUUUGAACAAGCGACAAAUAGGUCCUUUUGCGGUUCCUGCAUUUCCUCCGGUAUUUCUUCCGAAUAAGCUUCAGGAAAACGUUAUUGUUGGCUUGAAAACUCCUGAUAACCUG